CGCGACCUUUCGAGCCUCAAAUUCCUCUUCGAGACCGGAUCAAGCACAAUGUCAUCCAACGACGCGAAACCACAACCUCAGCCCAAGGGCCAGGAGGAUCCAGCGACAUCAGUAAUGGAUGUCGCAGGAGACCUUCCAUCGGGCUCGAGGUUUAUCGUUUUGUUGAUUGCUUUGAUGGUCAGCAUAUUCUUGGUGGCAAUUGACAUGACAAUCGUCGCUACUGCUAUACCACGUAUCACGCAGGAAUUCAAUAGCCUAGAAGACAUUGGCUGGUACGGCUCAUCAUUCUUUCUUACCAUUUCUAGCUUUGCGCAACUCUGGGGUAAGGCAUAUACAUAUUUCCCGCUCAAGUGGGUCAUAAUCACUGCCAUUGUUCUCUUUGAGAUUGGCAGUUUGAUUUGCGCUGUCGCUCAAGAUAGCCCAACUUUGAUACUGGGGCGGGCAAUUUGUGGUGCGGGUGGUGCAGGUAUCACAAAUGGCUGCUACACCAUUAUCGCCUUCAUCGCAAAGCCGGAGAGUCGUCCUGCAUAUACUGGGAUUCUUGGUGCAGUAUAUGGGAUGGCCAGCGUCGUUGGCCCUUUAAUUGGCGGUGCCUUUACCACUGAUAUUACGUGGCGAUGGUGCUUUUACAUAAAUCUUCCCAUUGGAGGAUUCUCGCUAGUCGUCCUGGGUCUUUUCUUCCGAACCCCUACUGCAGCUGCACCAAAACCUGCCUCACUUCGAGAGAAGGUGCUGCACAUGGACCCGCUUGGGGUGAUACUCGUCACUUGCUCGCUUAUUUGUUUCCUGUUGUACCUUCAAUGGGGAGGUAUCACCAAGCCCUGGAGCUCGUCAGAGGUGAUUGGUUGCAUUGUUGGAUCCGUUGUCAUCCUUGCCGCGUUCGUUGGUACCCAGUGGUUCUUGGGCGAGAGGGCAAUGAUGGUUCCUCGGCUUCUCUUGACCCACGAGACCAUCCCCCUUGCCCUGUAUAACUUUUUCCUCGCCGGUUCUUACUUCAUUUUCGUUUACUAUUUGCCAAUCUAUUUUCAAUCCAUUGGUGGGCUUUCAGCUGCGGCAAGUGCGGUGAGGAACUUGUCGCUUAUCGUUGGUUCAUCCUUCUUCGGAAUCGUUUCGGGCGUCUCGUUGACCAUGUUCGGGUACUUCCACUGGUUUCUGUGGAUAGGCUCCGCCCUCUGUGCUAUCGGAGGAGGCCUUCUUUACACACUUGGCUUGCAACUCGAUACAGCCAAGUACGUGUGCUACCAAUUGAUAUCCGGCAUUGGCGCAGGCCUGUGCUUGCAGGUUCCCGUCAUUGUCGCGCAAGCUACUACCCGUCCAGAAGACAUAGCCACGCGCACAGCCAUAUUACUCUUUUUCCAAACACUCGGCGGGACGGUGUUCAUAUCCGUGGCUCAGAAUAUAUUUACCAAUCGACUGAUUCGCUAUUGGGCCGAUAUCAACGUCAGUUCCAAUGUCCAAGAGAUUUUGUCUGUAGGAGCAGAUGACUUAAGAGCUCAUUUCUCGAAUUAUGAACUCAUUGAGGUCUUGAAUGCAUAUAUGGUGGGCUUGAGGGCUGCGUGGAUCUUAGGCAUUGCGUGCGCGGGUGCUGCGUUCGUUGCGAGUUUCGGAUCAAAGUAUCGCAAUAUAAUGGCUCCUCGUGUACCAGCCUUGGAUUCCGAGCAGAGUUCAGAGAGUCAAACAAACGAUGGAGAAGACAAAAAGAUUUAGAGUUCAGUAAAUCAAUUGUCCAAGCUUUUGGGCUUAUCAG